GAAGUUUCCCCGACCUAAACAGCUCCCGGUGUAAAAUCUCGCCAACGUUCUCCUUUCUUCUCCUCCUCUUCCGGCUCGUCAAAAACCCCUGAACCCUAACCCUAAAAUCCGAGAAAUGAAUCGACAAUAUCGGAGCUAAAACCGGAGGAAUCAAGGAAGAAGCAAUGGGGAUCCCCGCAUUCUACCGUUGGCUCGUCGACCGCUACCCCCUCUCCGUCGUGGAGGUGAUCGAGGAAGCUCCCAAGGUCGUCAAUGGCGUCCGAGUCCCCGCCGACUCCACGGGCCCGAACCCUAACGGCGUAGAGUUCGACAACCUCUAUCUCGACAUGAAUGGGAUCAUCCACCCUUGCUUCCACCCCGAAGACCAGCUUGCGCCCAACUCAUAUGACGAGGUUUAUGAGGCCGUAUUUGAGUACAUAGAUCGCAUUUUCUUGUUGAUUCGGCCACGGAAGCUUCUUUUCAUGGCAAUUGAUGGGGUUGCACCACGAGCGAAGAUGAAUCAGCAACGAGCAAGGCGGUUCAGGGCUGCUAAAGAUGCGGCUGAUACAGCGGUAGAGGCCGAGAAGUUGGGGAAUGAGUUGAAGAGAGAAUUUGAAGAACUAGCUUGGCCAGAACAAAAUGGAAGUAUGGAUUCAAAUGUUAUCACACCCGGAACUAAGUUUAUGGCCUCCUUAUCUGUGGCUCUUCAAUACUACAUUCAACUGAGAUUGAACAGUGAUCCUGCAUGGCGCGGCAUCAAAGUCAUUCUUUCCGAUGCAAAUGUGCCUGGGGAGGGUGAGCACAAAAUAGCAUCAUAUAUCCGUGCACAGAGGAAUCUAUCGGGAUUUGACCCAAACACAAGGCAUUGCUUGUACGGAUUGGAUGCUGACUUGAUCAUGCUUGCUCUAGCAACACAUGAGAUUCAUUUCUCUAUUUUAAGAGAGGAUGUUCGAGUUGCACGGAAGAGUGAAAGAAUAGCCAAGUCACAUAUGAAAAGCCAAUUGUCUAGUCAAAGGGUGGGAAAGAGGGGGAUUAAAGAAGAUAAUGAUGGGAUCCGACGAAUAAAGUUUCAGUUCGUCCAUGUUUGGGUUCUGAGAGAGUAUUUAGAGCAUGACCUAAGGAUAUCAGAUGCUUCGCUGAAGAUUGACUUGGAGCGUUUGAUUGAUGAUUUAGUUUUCAUUUGUUUAUUUGUUGGAAAUGAUUUUCUACCGCAUAUUCCUUCACUGGAAAUAUCAGAGGGUGCAAUAGAUUUGCUAAUGAGGAUAUACAAAAAGGAGUUUGCUUGGAUGGGUGGUUAUCUAACUGACUCUUUCAAGGUGAAUUUGGAACGUGUGGAACAUUUUCUACAAGCUGUUGGAUCUCAUGAAUGUGCCAUUUUCCGACGACGAAUACAGGUGCAGAAAGAGAGGAAUUUUCGAUCUGGAUCCGUUUCAAGUGUGAAAGAGAAUGAAAGCAAGAAUGGUUCUAGUUGGAUGAACAGUUCCCAGGAAUUCACCAACGUAAUAUGUACAAGCACAACAAAAAAUGGACCAAGUGUUUCUCCAAUGAAAGAUCGGGUAAAGAUUGUUGAAGAAGUUUGGAAGGAAAAAUACUAUGCAGAGAAGUUUGAAGUUGAGAGUGAUGAUGACCGUGAAAAAUUGAAAAGAGAUGCCGUCAUGAAGUAUGUUGAAGGAAUCUGCUGGUUCAUGCACUAUUAUUAUCAAGGGGUCUGCUCCUGGCAAUGGUUCUAUCCAUACCAUUAUGCCCCAUUUGCUUCAGACUUUGUUGACUUAAAACAUUUGAAAAUUCACUUCACUCUUGGAGUUCCCUUCAAGCCAUUCGACCAAUUAAUGGGUGUAUUGCCUGCUGCGAGUGCACAUGCGCUACCCUUAUCAUACAGAAAAUUGAUGACCGAUCCUUCUUCAUCCAUCAUCGAAUUCUAUCCACCAGAUUUUGAACUGGAUUUGAAUGGCAAGCGUUUUUCUUGGCAGGCUGUUUGUAAAUUACCCUUUGUUGAGGAAUCCCGCCUUCUCGACGAAAUUAAGAAACUUGAGCACACAUUAACGGAUGAUGAGAAACGAAGGAAUAGCUGCUCGUUGGAUGCCCUAUUUGUUCACACGUCACAUCCAUUGGCAGCAAAGAUUGUUAAAUUCUUUGAGAGGAGGAAAGGUCAUCCAAAACUAUUGAAGGUCAAACUUAAAAAGAAACUUGAUCCUACACUCAGUGGUGGAAUGAGUGGGUACAUAUACAUAUCCGACAAGACCAUCCUUUCGUCUGAAACAUAUUCACCUGUUGAGGGCAUGAAGACUAUAGCAAAGAAUCGAACCAUAUUUGUGUACUACAAAGCCCCUCCAAAUCACAUUCACAUCCCUAAAUUACCAAUUGGAGCGACAUUACCCAAAAAGUCAAUUUCCAAGAAAGAUGUGCUACCGCCGCCAGUACCAUGGCAUGAGAAAUCAAGAGUACGAAGGCGUAUAUAUUCUGAAAAACCUAUUUCUAAUGCCAUUGCUGGGUCGCAUCUAUCAAUGAUUGCCCGUCGACUUGUGUCGAAAUAUUACCAUGAAAGGUUACAUCAAAGAGAUGCUGAUGAAGUUGAUAAUGUUAGCAGGGAAAAGAAUGUAGCAAAAGAGAACAACCGCAAGAGUAGCAUCCUAGGGAAAAGGAAACAAAGGGAUCAAGAUCGAAGAACCAAGAGGAAAAGAAGAAACAAACACAACAAAAGGAAAUAGGACUUAUUUAUCUUUUAUUUUACACAAACUAAUCUUUAGCCUAGAUCGAUGCUGGUUUUAAUUCGCAGCUGUGUUGUAACUUCUAAUUGUGUACUCAUAAUCUCUAGCAUCAACUAAACUUGUGCUAUUGAAACGGUAGUUAUGGAUUAACUGUAGCAGUAAAUAAAAAUCUUCGCUGUUGUCUUCUUCGAACAUCCAACUUUGCCCCGAGCAUGCACUUGAUUGCUUCAAGCCAGAUUUUUGUGGAAGUUUUGCGAAGAACAGCAAUGUUUUGUAUUGAAA